UGCGUUAUCGUGGGACAUUCCCAGUGUCUCUGAUUGGGCCUGACGUGGAACUCGCGGUCAGUUCCUCGUCGACUAUGAGCGGCGAAAGUCAUGCCGCUUACGAGCGCGCGCGUUGCAUUCUCGGUGGCUCUGUCGUUGCUUGUCUUAUUGCCGUCGCUGUCCCUACAGGGGCGUACGCAGAUCUCGGAUGGUUUUAUUAAUCAAUAUGACACAACCGCGAAUGGCCCACCAGGCCGUUCCAAGUGGAACGGGAACACUGAUUUUUCCGGACCACCGGGUCAUAAUAAACCACCGGGUAACAAAUGGGGGGGUGGCAGAGGACCACCAGGUGGUCAGGGUCCUCCCGGAUUAGGGGGCGGUAGUCCUCCAGGAUUGAACAAUAAACGUCCUCCGGGCUGGAACAAAGGGGACACCGAAAGUUCGUCCAAUGAAAACUAUUCUCGUCCAAAUAAUGGUGACAACUAUCCACAUGGAAAUAAGGGUGAAAAUUAUCCUCGUCCAAAUAAUAACGAAAACUAUCCACGUCCAAAUAGUGGUGAAACCUAUUCACGUCCAAAUAGUGAUGAAAAUUAUCCUCGUCCAAAUAAGGGUGAAAAUUAUCCUCGUCCAAAUAAUGAUGACAACUAUUCAUAUGAAAAUAAGGGUGAAAGCCAUUCACGUCCAAACACCAAUGAAAAUUAUUCACAUGAAAAUAAUAGCGGAAAUUAUCCACGGCCAAAUAACGAUAGAACUACUCAAAGACCUUAUUCCAAUCACGAUAGAGAAGGCCCCCAUGGUCCAGAUGAUCGCGUACCCGAUCGAAACGAACAUCCACAGAAUCGACACUGCAGUGACAACGAGUUUCGUUGUGGAAGUAAUGAGUGCCUGCCACAAAGCGUUAAAUGCGAUAGUAAAGUUGAUUGUCGCGAUGCCAGUGAUGAAGCGUUUUGCAUUGAGAAUAGAAAUCAAGAAAACGGCUGCGUUCUACCUGAACAACCGCAAGGUGGGCGAUACAAACUGGAAGGUUGCGAGGGACGUUGCACUAAACGUCCUGGUGACAUAGUUCCCAAAAACAGCAUCCUCAAUUAUACCUGUAAAAGCAAUUACAUGCUGAAAGGAAACACUAUUUCCGUUUGUACCGACAACGAGUGGUACCAGCCGCCUUCAUGCCUCAAAAUCUGCCCGCCGUUGAACAGCACCAGCGUAGACAUUUCUUGCAGCUACCAGGGGAAAACGGUGUCCUGUAGCGAGCGUAUACUGCCUGGUACGCGGGCUGAACUCGCUUGUAAACCAUCUUAUAAAUUACCUUUAACGAACGAUCCGGCUUACAGAGAGAUCACGUGUCUUGACGAUGGUUUAUGGGAUAGUCACCUUUUUCGCUGCCUACCAGAAUGUGGAACGUCCAUCGCAAAAGGCAACACCUUAAUCGUAAACGGAUUCCAAGCGAAAACCGGGGUAUUUCCAUGGCACGUUGGCAUUUACGCGAAGGAAGGUACGAGCGAGUACGAGCAGAUAUGCGGCGGAUCUUUAAUUAGCAACAAUCUCGUGGUAUCAGCGGCUCACUGUUUCUACGACGAGGUUUAUAACAAACUGUAUGCCGCGUCGAAAUACGCCGUGGCCGGCGGCAAACGCCAACGCGAUUGGCACGCCAGAGAGGAAUACGCGCAGAAGUCCUCGGUAGAGAGCAUCCGGGCGGGUGGCAGGUACCAGGGGACGAGGGGUAAUUUUGCCGACGACAUAGCUAUACUGAAAUUAAAGACUCCCUUCGAGCUGACUACCUUAGUGUUGCCCGUCUGCGUAGACUGGGAAAAUACGUACGAGAGGGAGCAGCUGCAAGUGGGACACGCUGGCAAGGUGGUCGGCUGGGGUAAAGACAUCAAAGGCGAAUCCACCAAGAGCUUACAUGAAAUCGACAUGCCGUUCGUGCCGUACGAUCAGUGUUUGUCCGCGGUGCCCGCAGACUUUCGAGGAUACAUCACGUCCGACAAGUUCUGCGCCGGCCACUUGAACGGUUCGAGCGUCUGUGACGGCGACAGCGGCGGCGGCUUGUGUUUCGAGAGGGACGACAUUUGGUAUCUUCGCGGCAUCGUGAGCGUAAGCCCGGAGAACAGAGGCACGUGCGAUUACAAUUCGUACGUUGGAUUUACCUAUGUCAGUCGCUUCCUUGAUUGGAUUCGCGAGGCCUACGUCAACGCGUAAACGGAGGGGCGUAUGCAGACGCGCGCGAGCGCGCGAUGUAUCAUCGCCGUUGCAUCAUCGAGCCAGCAAUAACGCCAAGCGGUUUCGAUAUGUCAAAGCAAGAUAACAGCGACAAAACAUUACGGAUUGACAAUUGUGAAUCCAUCCUUCACAAUUUUGGCAUCGUGAGCGGCAAAAAACGCGAAAAUGGAGGGAUAGAGAUUUCAAGAUUUACGCGAGAUUGAAACUGAUUUUUAUCUUGAAAAUGCAAUAUUAUCUCUGGGAGACACUACCGAAUGCGAUUUGUAAAAGUUUUGAAAGCUCUGUACUGUGUACGACGCUCUUUUAUCAUAAUAAAAUGUUUUACUUAUACCUCACA